UUUUGCAUUCAUGUAACAAUCCACAACACAAUGAAUCAAUGAAUGAAUGAACGAAAGAGCGAAUAGGCGAACGAACGAAUGUAAGAACGAACGACCGAAUAAGCAAAGCGAAUGAAGAAUGACUGAAUGAAUGGUUGAAUUGCUGAAUGAAUGAAUGGAAUUUCAUUUUACAUUAUGUUUUCUUUUGUCAACAAAGAUAUUCCGUCAAAUAAUAUUUUAUUCCGAAUUCGAAUAUCGGUUUAAUGGGUUUAAUGACGUAAACACAUUCCGAAACACCAAGGCUUGCAAUUGAGAUUCUCACACAAACAAUUGACGUCACUGACUCUAGUUCGACCGAACCUCUAUAAUUGACUUAAUAAAUAUAAAUAUAUAAACACAUAUAUAUACACAAUAUACAUACAUGCGGGUACAUGUUUAUUUAUAUAUAAAGGGCUCAAAACACAAGGAGAUUUCCACGACUGAGAUUCCCUUCGAAAUCUCGACUGUGCCUAUCUCAUGUAAAUACUAGGGAUGGUUAAACAGAACAGUCAAGCUGAGUUUGUGAAAUGUGUCAUUGUUGGGGACCCAGGUGUUGGUAAGACCUGCCUGAUUUGUGCUUGGGCAACUGGAGUGAAAUACUGCCUAAAUGAACUUGUAAAAACACAUGUUGCAACUGUGUGGGCCAUAGACCACUACAGAACAGAUCGGGAGAUUCUGGAACGUUCUUGGAUUGAUGUCGAUGGCGCCUGUGUUUCUCUGCGACUCUGGGAUACAUUUGGUUACCAUGAUAAAGAUAGACGAUUUGCUUAUGGAAGGGCUGAUGUAGUUAUUUUGUGCUUCAGUGUCGUGAAGCCACUGUCACUAAUCAAUGUAAAGAAAGUAUGGCUGCCAGAAAUACGCAAAUACUGUCCCACAACUCCUAUUGUACUUGUCGGUACUCAAGCUGAUAUGCGAUAUCUCUACAACACUGAGGUUUAUCGAAACUUGGAGAAAGGUUUGCUUUAUAGGCCAAUUGAAGAGAAAGAUAUAAUAUCCCCUCAAGAAGGUCGUGAUAUUGCAGCCGAAAUUGGAGUUGCUUACUAUGAAGCAAGCAUUCUUACGGAGUUUGGAAUUGAAGAUGUUUUCUUAAACACAGUUCGAGCGGCCCUCUCUGACCGGCGCAAGAUGAAAUUUUGGGACAGCCAGCUUCGAAAGUUGAAACCUCCAAUGAUCCAGCCUCCCAUGGAACUUCCACAGCCCACUUACCCAAAGGUGACACUGCCAUCAAUAGCAAUAUACAACGACCUCUGUUAUUUAUUGAGGGACGAGAUUGAAGGAGAUGUGGUUUUUGUAGCCAAAAGACAAUGUAUAUAUGCCCACAAAAUUUGUUUAAUGGUUACCAGCUCAGUAUUCAAGGCUCUUUUCUUAACAGACUUGAAAAGCCCCACUUUGGAGCAACCAGCUCAGGAGGUUGUCUCUGAAGAUAAAGUCUCAGAUGACAGCGACAAAGACAGACUCAUAGACAGUGAUGGAGUCUUACCUGAAAGUCCACUGUCAGAUCAUCUGAAUGUCGUCGCUAAUGAACAAAAAGAAUUUGAGACAAAAACUUUUGUACCCUCCCACCCAGCAUUUCACUCUGUUGAGAUAAAACCACCCAAGCACCCUUUCCAAUCCAAUCAAUGCACUGUACAGUUAAACCCUGAUAUCACACCACAAGCUUUCCACUAUAUUCUGGAGUAUUUAUACACUGGUGUGGCCAAAGAACAGUUUGAUAUUUUUGAUCAAGUCAUUGUAGCUGCUGAGUUGUUGCAACUCCCUGAACUCGUACUCUCCAUCAGAAACUUUCUUUCUCAGGAAGCUUACCUAAACCUUGAACUUCGACGCAGGUUUCACAUAGCACAAUGUAGCAACCUGCGAGAAUUAGCACUCAAGAGAGAAAUAGCCACUGAUGUCACAUUUCAAGUUGAUGAUGGAAUGGUCCGAGCACACAAACCCCUCUUGAUGGCUCACUGUGAAAUGAUGUAUGCAAUGUUUAGUGAUAACUUUCGGGAAUCUUCGGCAAAAGUGAUUUCAUUCCCAGGUAUCUGCAAAGAUACCUUUAAAGCUCUCCAAGAGUACCUUUACACAGGUGAAUCACCAUGUAUGUCUGGUGUUGAUUGUAUGAGCCUGAUCGAAGUGGCUAAUCGCUUGUGCCUCCCUCGACUUGUUGCUUUCACUGAAGGGCAUGUCGUCCAGGAGUUGGGAAGACAGGAAGAUGCCAAUGUUAACAUUAUGGAAGAUGUGUUGAGUAUUCUGGAAACUGCACAGCUACACAAUGCCGUACAGCUUGCAAAGUGGUGCCUUCACUACCUUUGUGUUCAUUUUCUCGACAUAUUCCCACAAUAUGUGAAACUCUACAAAACUCUCAGUUUAGAGAACCAGUUGUAUAUUGAUAAACAUAGAUGGCCUCCUGAAUGGUACGUUAAAGAGAUGGAACUAUUUCAAAGUUUAAUGAACAGUCCUUCAAAGAAACAACAACACCAAAAACAACAACAGUUUAGCCGAUGGGAACGCUGUACCAGCAGCUGUCUGUGUUUUAGCCGACGUCACAGUCACAGUAGCAUGGCCGACCCUCUUGAACUGCCCAAUAGUUGACCUUUGCUUUGGCAAUUCGCUGACUCACUGGAACUACUUCUGUCGAACAGUUGAAAAAAAAAUAACAAUAACAAAAACACAAAAAAAAAAACUCUGCUUUCGAUCUUAAAUACAACUGAAACUGCU